GACGAUGGCACGACACGACAGCAGUGGAGCGUGAAACGGGCAACGUAUAACUUCUUUCCAGUGAAGCAGUGCGACAGCAGAUUUUUYAUGAAGCGAAUUUUGUUGGUUGGGGAUUCCGACAUUGCCUAUUGGCCAAAGGAAUUGUUCCCAACGCCGUGGGAGGGCGGAAACGAUUGCGACACGGAAUGGGACCAGACCCUCGUGAGCGGGCAUUCGGGUGCAACGCUAGCCGAAGUGGUUCCGCAUUUGCGAACGAUUAUCGAGGAAUCUCGCACCCUACGUCACAGCAACACCGCUAGUAAUGCAGAAUCAAGAUCCCAAACGUCGUCGUCGGAUGCACUCGUGGUCGUGGCCUGUGCCGGUGAAAACGACAUUGGGGAGGGGCUCUCUCUGGGAAAGAGCCUCGACGCGAUGCAGAAAUUCUUGGACCUCGUUUUCCUCGCCGAGGAUGGCAUCGGAAAUAACAGCACUGUCAGCAGUCAAACCACRMCCCACGACCGAUACCUCGUCUUUUUGGGUCCCAAAUUUGAGCCCUGGCUCCAGCACGAUCCCUCCUACAAAAAAAAGUACGAAGCCAUGGCGAGGGCAUUCCGGCACUGUCUGCAGGACUACAGCGAACUGGAUGGAAAUUCUGCCCACGGCCGCAUCCGCUUUGUGGAUUGCUUGACCAUGUUUUGUGGCGAAACCGCCAAUGUACCCGGAGCUCGGCUCUGUGGACGCGCCGAAGCAGACCCGCGCUAUUUUGCUUCCGAUCAGCUGCACCUGAACAGUCAAGGCUACUCGAUGUGGAAGGAUGUCGUYGAGAGCCAGAUUCGARGCCUCCUUUCGCGAUCGAAGCAGUCUCGAACUCCAACAAUGGGUUGAUAGAGGAAGGCUAUUCUGUGUAAAAGGAUGUUGACGAAAUCUAGGGACGAGGGAUCUGCUCGUUACUAGAUUCGGAAUGGUCGUCGACGCAACUUCCAAGAUAGGGGUUUCAUAGAGGGACUGAUGRGCGGAUGAAUAAACGGAGUGACAGAUCAGCUGUUCAUUCACUCCRCGCCCACGAAGAAAUUGCGUGCAUCAAAGAAAAUAWCUCGGAGUUGGAACAGAACGGAAAGCGAAUCAAAGCGUUGGUCCUCUGACAAAGAAGCUGCUUUCCAGCGCAAGGUCCAUUUGAUUUCGGUCUCGAAAGUGUGGCAUGGCUCCUGUACCAUCGACGGUGGAAUCUAUUUUUUCUGACYAACGACAACUGGUUCCACCUAUGCCCGCUUGCGAAGGAAUCAUUGAUCAAUCAAUCGAUCGAUCGAUCAAAGAAGAAAUMGUAAAAUUGAGGGCGAAGCACGUGUACACAAUGAAUUUGUGACGUAAAAGCCCGACGAUGAUAUACUCAAACACAGUGUGUGUUCGAACCGUUGCCAUGCUGAUAACUGCCAUGAGUUGUGGGUAUUAUGAUUCCAAGGUCUGAAGAUAGUAACGUUUGUAGUAUUGAUCUUGCUUUCGCAGCGAGAAUUUUUUACAGACACUAUUUUUUAUCAUCCGCAAUAUUUCUGGUGACGAAUGAGRGAGAUCUUCCCUGCAGCAGUGCAAUAAAUGAGUAUUAGACGAUUCACUUGCGGCURCUACCGAGGAACAUUGCUUAUUCUUUUUCUUGUUCUCUGUGACGAUGACCUAUAGGUCGGUGAGCUUGCCGGGGAUGAUGCAAAGCCACGGAAGAGGUCGCAAUCCGUACCGCAGUAGUACUAGCUACUCAACRGCAUGAUGAACGGAAACUAACACAAUAAUAUUGAUAAUAAAAA